GCAGCGACUAUAUAAACGCCGCGCAUACUGAUCGCGUGCUUUAGUUAUAGCGUGGAUAUAUUUUCAAUUUCAAAUUCGAAAAGCGCAAAUAAAAAUCAACAAGCAUAAAAAUUUAGGUGUGGUGAAUAUCAAACGUAUCAUAAUUACAAAGUUAAAGUCAACAAAACACCCACAACUGCAAAACUGCAAAAGAAAGCAACGCCGCAAUGAGUGGACGAGAUAAUCGUGGCAGUGGCCACCAACCGCUUAGCAAUGCAAUGGGCAAAAUAAAGGAUAAACUCACACGAUCAACGGAUACAUACCAACGCGUCGAAGAAGGACUUUCUCAAUCAAACACAGCAACCAGUCUGGACACAAUUCUACCCGAGGAUCCAUUCCUCUUUCCACAGGGACCCACACCACAGCAACGACAAAUGGUGAAGCAAAGCAAUUUCCCCGUCGAUGAUACACCACUACAUUUUGGUCCAAUCAUUGAGGAUAAUGAUAUACGCGCUCCACCCCCCUUACCGCUGCCUGUAAGUCAGGCGAAAUCUAGCGGCAAUCAGGAAUUUGUGGCUUUACCACCACCACCAUCAUCACAGCACAGUCACCGCGAUCACCAUCAACGCAGUACUGUUUCCCUGGCUACUGAUGACCUGCAGCACAGCAAGCAAUCGCUGAAGGGCUCGCGUGUUUCAUUCGAACGCAGAUCGGUGGACAGCAGUGAUGAGGAUAAUUUCGAGAGUCGACGCAGUGGCUUUCAACAACAGAAAACAAUCAGUGUAGACCACAAGGGUAUACUGAAGGAUCUUAAAAACAUACUUGCAAAUGAUAAUCGUCGACAGUUUCAAGCCAAGAAGCAUGUCUCGCUUGAUGUCAAGGGCACACGUUUCCUCGAGGACAUGCUGAAAGAUUCCUCCUCUGAGGAAGAGUUUCACAAGAAUCGACGAGAAUUCCAAGGACGAAAACAUCAAAGUUUAGAUCCGCGUGUCAGCUUCAAAUUGGAAAAAGUGCUGCAAGGUUCAAGCACAGAUAGCGAAGAGGAGGCCGAUGAUGUGGAACAUAAGCGUUUAAUACACCGUCCUAAAGACAUAACUAAACCGGUUAUAAUUGACCUCAAGGAUUUCGAGAGUGAAAGUGAGGAGGAUUAUGUGACAAAUCGUCAACAUUUCCAACAACAACGCUCCAUAAGUACAGACUCGCGAAAGAGCCAUAGACUGUACGAAAUGGAUGAAAUGGGCAAAAAGAAAAAUGAAAACCUGCGCAACGCUGUACCAUUCGUCAGACAAAUAACAGAGGAUGGCAAACCCAAACUAGAAGUGUACCGGCCGACAACGAAUCCAAUAUAUAUUUGGACGCAGGUACUUGCCGCACUUAGCGUCUCUCUGGGUUCAUUGGUUGUUGGUUUCUCCUCUGCCUAUACCUCUCCUGCUUUGGUUUCCAUGACUGAUCGAAAUUACACUGACUUCGAUGUGACAGCACAGGCGGCUUCUUGGGUAGGCGGUCUUAUGCCUUUGGCCGGUUUAGCUGGCGGUAUUGCUGGUGGCCCAUUCAUUGAAUAUCUUGGCCGACGUAAUACAAUUCUCGCCACAGCUGUACCCUUCGUAAUCUCUUGGUUGCUAAUCGCUUGUGCUGUUAACAUCAUCAUGGUUCUAGCUGGUCGUGCUCUAGCCGGCUUCUGUGUGGGCAUUGCUUCGCUAUCGUUGCCCGUGUAUUUAGGCGAAACUGUACAACCGGAAGUACGUGGCUCGUUGGGUCUAUUGCCGACUGCAUUCGGUAACAUUGGCAUAUUACUGUGCUUUGUCGCCGGCACGUAUAUGGAUUGGUCACAACUAGCCUUCCUUGGUGGUGCACUACCGAUACCUUUUCUGAUACUUAUGUUCCUCAUACCUGAGACGCCACGUUGGUAUGUCUCACGUGGACGUGAAGAUCGUGCACGCCGUGCAUUACAAUGGCUGCGCGGUAGACAAGCCGAUGUAGAACCAGAAUUGAAAGGUCUAUUACGAACACAAGCUCAAGCGGAUCGGCACUCGUCAGGCAAUCAGUUAAUGGAAUUGUUCAAACGCAACAAUUUGAAACCGCUAUCCAUAUCGUUAGGUCUAAUGUUCUUCCAGCAGCUUAGCGGUAUAAAUGCAGUCAUUUUUUAUACAGUAUCAAUAUUUCAAGAAGCUGGAUCUACCAUUGACGGCAAUGUGUGUACGAUCAUUGUGGGUGUGGUGAACUUUAUUGCAACAUUUAUGGCAACCAUGCUUAUCGAUCGUCUGGGACGUAAGAUUCUGCUGUAUAUCUCCGAUGUUGCCAUGAUUAUUUCACUCUUCACGCUUGGCGGUUUCUUCUACUGCAAGUCAUCUGGCAUGGACACCUCCGAAGUUGGUUGGUUGCCACUGGCUAGUUUUGUUAUCUAUGUGGUCGGCUUUUCGCUCGGCUUUGGCCCCAUACCCUGGCUAAUGAUGGGCGAGAUAUUGCCGGCGAAAAUUCGUGGCUCUGCCGCAUCGGUGGCCACCGCCUUCAACUGGUCAUGCACGUUCGUUGUGACGAAGACUUUUCUCGAUAUGCUUGAAACUAUGGGCGCGCAUGGUGCAUUCUGGCUUUUCGGAUCCAUCUGCGUGGUGGGUUUGUUCUUCGUGAUAUUGUACGUGCCAGAGACGCAAGGCAAAACUCUCGAAGAUAUUGAGCGUAAAAUGAUGGGACGCGUGCGUCGUAUGUCGUCCUUAGCGAAUAUGAAACCAUUAUCCUUCAAUAUGUAGAAGGAUUUUACUCAAAUCCUGUAUACGUCGAACGUAUGUGUCAUAUAUGUAUACAUACAUACAUGCAUGCAUAUACUAAUGUAUGUGUAUGUAAAUACAACCAAAUACUAGUUAAGAGCCUUAAAUUUAAAUCUAGUUCUCGCGACACUACAGCAGUUAAGGACCAGUGUGAAGUAAAGUUUGACGAACAAAGCGGAAACAAUGUGCGCGGUUAGAAUGUAUGAAAAUAAUUUACAUAGUUAUUAGGGAGCUAGCAAGUCAAAGAAAUUACGUAGAUGAGAUUUAUAAUAUUUUAAAUGUGAUGUAGUCUAUUAGCCGUUUUACGAAGGGAUAUAUGGAACUGCGUUCCUUUCGGUUCGUGACAGUUGAUGUUUGCAAAAUUUUGAAUAAGAAAAAUCAAAGCAAAAGCAAACUAUGAUAUACAAAAAUUUCAUUGUGUUAUUAGUAGUAUUUACCGUAAAAUGUAGUAGUGAACUGUGUACUUUGUUCUUAAUUGAGCACAUUAGAUUUUUUAUUAUUAUAAUGACCUAUAGUGCUAUAUUUAUUAAGUUAGCGGGUAUAACUAACCGUAAUACCAAAAUCCAAUAAGAAAAAAGCAAAACAUGAGAAACAAUUGAAAAAAGAAUUUUAAUAUAAUCAAACCAAUUAUACUAUUAUUACUGUAAAUCAAUAUAAAUUAUAAUAAUUAUCUAUUCAUUAAGUAAUUGUUAAAAGAAAAAGAGAAUUUAAUUUAAACACAAAUAAAUGGUCUAUCGACCAAAACUUGAAGCGUGCAAUGACCGAAAUAA